CACUCCUUUUGCUUCCCCACCUGCUCUAGUCCCCAUCAUCCAUCACCGUGUCCCUCUCUCUCCCCCCGAGGAGGCCCAAUGGCGGACACCGACGCCAACCCCGCGCCCGAAUCAGACCCGAUCGCCUCGAUCCCGCCCUCCUCCCCUCCCGCGGGGGAUGCCGCCGCGGCGAUCGAGGCCCAGUUCGCCGACCUCGCUGUCACCGUCGAGCUGCCGGCUUCCGGGUGGGAAGACGACGAUGGCCCUGCCGCCGUCCCCGAAAUCGCUACCGCCGGCGAUGAGGUCACCGGGGACAAAGUGCCGGCGCCGGCGCCGACGAAGGCGGCCGUGUCCGAUUCGGGGCCUCGCUUCCCGCGCCGUCCUGCGGAGCCCGAUUGCACUUACUACAUCAGGUUCGGGACUUGCCGCUUCGGGAUGAAGUGCAAGUUCAACCACCCCGCGCGGAGGAAGAAGAAUAGGGCGAAAGGGAGUGGGAGCAGCGGCAGCAGUAACAAAGCUUCUUCGCCGCCGGAUGAUGAUCAGACUCCUAAAGAAGAAUAUGAAGAAGAUCUUGUUCCAGAUAUUGCAGCUGAAGUGGAUUCCUUGGGCUUUGUUAACAAGGGGAGUAAAUCAUCUAACUCAGGAGAUCUUAUGAAGACGUCAUAUGAGGUCAUUGAUGUGAAGAAGGGACAAAUGGAGCCAAAGGAACUUAAGAUUGAUGCGACUGAAAAAGGAACCUAUCCGAAGAAGUUUGAUGAGACAGAUGAUCAAAAGGUUGCUAAAGAGAAAAGAAGGGACACUGUUUCAGAAGGUAGUGCUCAGGAGGAAUGCAAGUAUUAUAAAACGUUUGGAGGGUGCAAAUUUGGAAAGUCUUGCAAAUACCUCCACCCUGGAGGGAAAGAAAGGAAAGCAGAGGUUGAAGAGGUUGAGCUGAAUUUUCUAGGUCUUCCAAUUCGUCCAGGAGGAAAGGAGUGUCAGUACUAUAUGCGCACUGGGAGCUGCAGAUAUGCCACUAAUUGCAGGUUUCACCAUCCAGAUCCUACUAAUGUGGCUUCAAGAGAACCAGUGUUGGAGCAUGAGAAUGGUGGGGAUAUUCCACAGCAAAAUGUUCAAGGACCAUCUCAGCCGAAUGUUUCAAUAUGGCCUGCUGACCAGAGGACAUUGAAUGAGCACCAUGCUCCUUUUCUAGCUCCAGCACCAUCAUACAGUGCGGGAAUGAUUCCACCUCAGGGAAUGAUUCCACCUCAAGGAAUGUAUCCAACUCCGGAGUGGAGUGGGUAUCAUCAGGUUCCAUUAAGCCCAUAUUAUCCUCCAGGGACCCCCUUUCAUCAUUUUCCAGGACCUCCUGUUAAUCACCAGAUCUACAGGGGAGCAGAUGUACCUGGGCAUCAGCAACUGCCUUCUGAUGAAUAUCCAGAGAGACCAGGCCAACCCGAAUGUCAACAUUUUGUUAAAAGUGGGUAUUGCAAAUUUGGUGUGAAGUGCAAGUAUCACCAUCCAAGGUCACUUAUGCCGCGUCCUCCUCCACCACCACCACAAGCAGGAACUCUUAGCCCUCUCGGUUUGCCACUGAAACCUGAUCAGCCUGUGUGCACGUACUACGGACGUUAUGGAGUCUGCAAGUAUGGGCCAGCGUGCUUGUACAACCACCCCUUCAAUUUUGGCCAUCCUGUACCGGCGGCAGGGCCACCUCUGGCUGGCCAAUACCUCACUCCAGGAAACUACACGGUCUAGCAAGCAGGCAGGCAUGGGCGAAUUUUUUCGGCUGACUGCCCUGAUGCUCGGAAUGAAUAACUUCACUUGUAAAAUAGCCUUAGCUGAAAGCUGCAGGUGGGUUUACAUGUUUUCGGCAAGAGAUCUAGCUCGCAAGUCGCAACGAAGUUGCAUGAAGCUGGGCUCAUUGCCGCUGGGAUUCUUGUAACCGGACAGAAGACCUUCUUAGCUCAUCACAGUUCCCCCUUUACGUUGUACAGCACUUACGGUUCAUAUACAAUUGUUUUCCGUCGUACUGAAACCAA